GGCAGAGCAGGGCAGGGAGGGAGGGCAGGUAUGGGAGAGGGAGAGGGAGCCUCGCCUGGCAGCGCGGCUGUGGUAAGACUUUCCUGAGAGGAUCUUACAAGGCGUUAUUGGCUUUUUUUUUCACAGUCUUUUUUGGGGGCGGUUUUCUUCUCUAUUUUUUUUCAUUGUAUAUCUAUAUAUCGUUUUAAUUGAUGCACAAAAUGGCGGAAGGUCCGAAAGUGAAUGAACUCUCCGGCGUCUCCGAGUUUUCUGCCAACAACGCCGGAGAGCAAAAGGAGAGGGGCGGCGGCGGCGGCGGCGGUGGGUCCCUCGAGGUGACGGCGGGAGUGAGCGCGGCGGCGGCGGCGGCGGCGGCGGCCACGGCGGGGAGUCACAGGGCGCUCUCCGGCAGCUUCCUGACCGAGGACAGCGAGGCGGCGCUCACCGAGGCUUCCAGGUCCACGGGUCGUAGGAGCAGCAUCAUCAAGGAUGCAACGAGACAGAAAACCGAAAGAAAGAAAACUGUCUCAUUCAGCAGCAUGCCUUCCGAAAAGAAAAUUAGCAAGUCAAGCGAUUGCCUGAGUUUCAUGCAGGCUGGCUGUGAACUGAAAAAAAUCCGUUCAAAUUCACGCUUGUACCAUCGUUUCUUCAUGCUGGACAUUGACUUCCAAGCUCUCCGCUGGGAACCUUCCAAGAAGGAUCCUGAAAAAGCCAAAAUCAACGUCUCAUCUAUUAAGGAAAUUUGGGUCGGCAAAAACACAGAGAUUUUCCGAAGCUGUGCUUUUGUGGAUCAAAUCAGCGAAGAGUGUGCGUUCUCUAUAAUACACGGAGACAACUAUCAGUCAUUGGAUUUGGUGGCCUAUUCUACAGAAGUAGCAAACAUUUGGAUUACAGGCAUACGCUACCUGAUUUCACACAGUAAUCCCUCUGUAGACCUGGCAAAGGAUCAGAACACGCUGAGGCAGAAAUGGCUCACAGCUCAGUUUCAGGAAGCUGAUGCGGAUGGUUUUGGAAUCAUGCUUGAAGACACAGCAGUGGCAUUGAUCAAGAAACUCAAUCCAGCCAUGAAGGAAACAAAAAUCAGAAAUAAAUUUAAGGAGCUCCAGAAAGGUAAAGAAAAGCUAAUAAAUAGGGUAACGGAGGAAGAGUUUUGUGAUGCAUAUAGUGACCUUUGCACUCGGCCUGAGGUAUAUUAUUUGCUUGUGCAGAUAUCUAACAAUAAAGAAUUUAUAGGUGCCAAAGACUUGAUGUUGUUUCUUGAAACUGAACAAGGUAUGACGCAAGUGACAGAAGAAAUGUGCCUUGAUAUUAUACAGAGGUAUGAACCAUCACUGGAGGGUCAGAUAAGCAAUCAACUUGGUAUUGAUGGCUUCACUCAAUUCCUUAUCUCACCAGAAUGUGAUAUAUUUGAUCCAGAGCACAAUAAAGUCUGCCAGGAUAUGACCCAGCCACUAUCCCAUUAUUAUAUCAGUUCCUCCCACAACACAUACCUGACAGAGGGCCAGUAUAGAGGACCAGCCAAUCUACAGGGAUUCAUCAGGGCAUUGACCCUGGGCUUCAGAAGCAUUGAGCUCAAUGUGUACAACGGGCCAGACAACGAACCGAUCAUCUGCAAUCGCAACGCUAUGAGCAAUGCCCUUACCUUCCGCAAUGUGAUCGAAGUGAUAAGCAAGUAUGCCUUUAUGUUCUCGGAGUACCCCCUGAUCCUGAGCUUGGGGAAUCAUUGCUCCGUAGAGCAGCAGAGGGUCAUGGUCCAGCACAUGAAGAAAAUCUUGGGAAACAAAAUUUUCACCGAGCAUCCGAAUUCAUCACAGACUUACCUCCCAUCACCGGAGAAGGUCAAGAGGAAGAUCAUUCUGAAGGGAAGGGUGAUGCCGCCGCACAGUGAAUCCUCGGACGGAUAUCUGACCAAUGAUGACGAAGAAACUUACGUCACCCAGAAAUUAACCGACAACUCUCACAGUGAUAACCGCCUCAUCCGAUUAUGUAAGGAGCUGUCUGAUUUGAUCACUCUGUGCCAAUGUAUACAUUUCACAGACUUUAAUACUUCGAUGAAGAAUCAGAAGUACUGGCACAUGUGCAAUUUCAAUGAAACCAUGGCCAGCAAAUUGGCGAAUGAAUUUCCAGAGGAAUUUGUGAACCACAACAAGAAAUUUCUAUCCCGGGUUUACCCCAGCGCAAUGAGGAUAGAUUCAGGCAACAUGAACCCACAAGAAUUCUGGAAUUGUGGCUGCCAGAUUGUAUCCAUGAACUGUCAGACCCCUGGCCCAAUGAUGGAUCUCAACAUUGGCUGGUUUCAGCAGAACGGGCGUUGUGGUUACGUCCUGCGACCUUCCAUCAUGCGAGAAGAAGUGUCCUAUUUCAGCGCCAACAUCAAGGGGAUGGUGCCUGGAGUCUUGCCUCAGACUUUACAUCUAAAAAUCAUCAGCGGACAGAACUUCCCCAAGCCUAAAGGUGCUGGUGCAAAAGGAGACGUCAUCGAUCCUUACGUUUGUGUGGAAAUUCAUGGCAUUCCUACAGAUUGUGCAGAACUGAGGACCAGGACUGUUCACCAAAAUGGAGAUAAUCCUAUGUUUGAUGCAAGCUUGGAAUUUGAGAUCAACCUGCCUGAGCUGGUGCAGGUUCGAUUUGUGGUUUUGGACGAUGAUUACAUCGGUGAUGAAUUCAUCGGCCAGUACACCAUACCAUACGAGUGUUUGCAGCCUGGAUACCGGCACGUCCCUUUGCUCUCCUUCACCGGGGAACUAAUUGAAUACGCUACUCUGUUCAUUCACGUUGCAAUAACUAACCAACGGGGAUGUGGAAAGUCUCACAAGCGUCGUCUGUCUGUAAGGAAAGUUAAAAAGGAGAGAGAAUACACCAUAUUGAAGACAACUGGGAUCAAAGCAAUCGAUGAUUUUUUCAAAAGUGCAAGCAAUCCAUUGCAGGAAGCUGCAGAUAUCCGAGAAAAUAUGCAGAAUGCCGUAGUCUCCUUCAAGGAAGCCUGUGGCCUCUCUCCCAUUUCCAAUCUGAAGCAGUGCAUUAAGUCCUUUUCUCCACGAUUGCUGAACAGUGACAACAUCCCUAUUGUGCAACUGACUAAGAAGGAACAGUAUCCAUUCUUGGAGACUCAAGGAACAAUACCUGAAGCACAGAAGAAGGUCCUGAUGUCGUAUGAUCUGAUGAUACAGGAGUCAAAAUACCUGAUUGAGAUGGCAGAUACUAUAUAUGACAAGAUCAAUCAGAGCAAGAAGACAGGACUUGAGUUUCACGAGGACCUUACUAAACUGGGAUCAAAGGAGGGCCUGAAGGGAAGAAAGUUAAAUAAAGCAUUUGAAAGCUUUGCCUGGAAUAUGACGAUAUUGAAGGGCCAAGGGGAUUUACUGAAAAAUGCCAAGAUUGAAGCUCUGGAGAAUAUGAAGCAGAUCCACACUGUUUGCCUUUCGUGUGGACUGGUGGGAAGUGGAAGGACAGAGUUAAAAGCCAAACAAAAUUCCGAGGCAACAAAGGAGAAAGAAACAGGAGAGGAAAAUGGAAAGCUCAAAUAAUAUCAAACCAGCCCCCGGGGGCUUAAUUAUGAAGUCAAAAUUACGAUAAAUAGGUCACAGUCAGUUCCAUGUGCUAGGUAUUACUGCAAAUAUUGACAAAGCCUUUAAAGACUGUUGAAGGUACAACAAUACUAGCAACAUAUUCUGGCAUCUACCACAGUACAACAGUACGAGGGAAUUCCUGUUCAAAUUAUACUAUAUUUCUCAUACUGUAUUCCCACAACUGCAUUUGAUCUUGUUCUUGCGACAGAAUCACAAUGAACUUUUGUUAACAUUUUUCACUGUUUAGUUACACUUGUUUUUUACAUCCAUUUUAAUAUGAGAAAAUUAUUGUAUUUUUCAUGUUCAUGUUAUGUAUCGUGUUAUGCAUCGUGUUUUUCCUGCUGUGAAUCACAUUGUCUGUAAAUAUUGCUUUUAUUUAAAAGUGUGGUGUCCUACUUAGGUUGAAAAACUAUUGCUUUGGGAAACAGCCUUCUGACUUACUUUGCAAACUGGCCAAGUGACAAACAGGGAGAGAGAAGAGGCUUAGAAGUGCAAGAUUUCAUAUUUCAGAGCAUUAAAAGAUGAUUUCUCCAACCUUUCUGCAUCAAACACAAAUUGAAGCAAGCUAACAAUGUUUAAUUGUUUCCCACAAAAUGAUGGGAGUAAAUCCAGGUUUGGUUCUGUAUAUUUACUCAAAUCUACUUUAUUGUUGUAUUCCACAACAGAAAUUUUGUACAAAUUAUUUUUUCUGCAGAGGAAAUGAGUUCCUUGUAGAAGGUAAUCUCGUCAUAACCUACAGUUAACCAAGAUUACACAAACAAGAGAAAAUCAGACUAUCACUUAAGUAAAGCGAGGCUUUCUCCAGUGACCGUACAGCUGUGAUGUUAGUUGGAUUCCUUACUAAUUUCAAUGCAAUUCCUCAAUAGUAUUUACAGAUGGGCUUCUUCUUCAGAGCACAUUGCACCAAUCUUGGUUACAUAGUAACUGGGAGCCCAGUUUCCCUCAAACCACCCAUUUGCCACCUGGUUUUGGGUUGACAAGCCAGUUGGUGAUAUUGAAUACACUUGACGGUUUUUAAGAUCUUUAUGCGCUCUGCUAUCUUGUUCUUCUUUCUCGAGUGUCGGUGCCCUGGGUCACUGGCUGACAUGCAAGGCAGGAAAUGGUUGAAAGCAAAAGCACGGGAGCAUUAACAUCAAGUUAAGCCAUUAAACCUAUCCCCCUCUCCCCCCUUCACUAAAUAUCCAUUAGAAUGCCAUUUCAUAAUUCUGUCCUAUUUUGUAGCAGUGAUGCUUUACAUUGGAGUACUAACACAUGGUACUGCUGCAAUAAAUUGCUCAGCAAGCAGCAGCCUAGGCUCACUUGAUUGACUGACUGGCCUCCUCCUGUGCUGUAAUUGCUAUAAUUCUACAUGCUCAGAACAGCUUGAGAAUAUUAGCAGGUGGAUGUGAGUGGCCAAUGAAGAGGGGGUGAGAAGUAAAAAAAAGUACAGUAUUUUUAUUACACUUGUAGAAGAAGGGAUCUUAAAACAAUCGCGUCACCCUCUUUGAUGGCACAUUUUUUUUCAAUUCAUUUACAUCUUGUACAAGUACAAUUUUUUCUAGGAAUAGCCUUUUCAAACUGCAAGUUGAUUUUGACAAAAAAAUGUCCCUGUGUUCAGUCAUUCACUGUUGUAAGUAUCUUAAGAUGCAAUGGUCUUUGAUAAUUAAUGUAGCAUUUUUUUUCUUUUUGUUACUGGGCUUUGAUAAUAUUGCAGAUUAUACUAGUUUAGGUUAAAGAAGUCUCUUUACAACGAAAUUCGUUUAUCUACCUUUUCUAAUGAUUCUGCUUAGGAUUUCUGUGUUGCUUUCCAGGUUAAUCCUUUGUGUGAUAAAUGUCCUUUACAGAUUUUUGAAACAUUUAAAAAAUACUCAACCAAAUGUUCAACCGUGAAAUAUGCCCAAAUUUACAGUAUUUUCUGAAUAAAUUGUAACUUUAUUGUA